GAUAAAUCUGUUUGCUUCUUGGGUGUUAUAUUGAAGGAGUAAAGUGAUGCAUAUCCAUGUGUUACUAAUUUGUCAUUGUUUAGUGAUUAUUUUCUAAACUAACAAGAAAAUUGCAAGGUAAAAAUUGUUUUAGGAGAAUUAUUACAGAUUCUUCAAAAAAAAAUUCAACAAUCUCUUAAAUUUGGCAAUGGGCAUAUUUAUUUGGCAGAUAAUCUAAACUCGGUCUAGAACAGAUAUGACUGUCAUGAUGAAAUUUGUGUUUUCAAUCUGUGCACUAAUAAUAUGUUAAAUAGUGUUACUACAGCACUAGUUGGGUUGAAAGCUCAUGUGAUCAGUGGGAUAGCAGCUAGAGUAGUGGACUGCUUUCUCGUGAAUCAACAGUAGGACCUGUUGCACUCCACCAGGUGGCAGAUAUUUUACACUGAGCAUAAUUAAAGCUGUCGUGUGACGUUUGAUAGAUGCGAUGUUUGUGCAGCUGUAAUGAGGUACAGCCCUGAAUAUGCCAACCGACACCUCCUAAAUUAGCCAUGAUGAGUUUUCAUUCAUCUAAUGAAAUCCGAUCUUUUAACGAUCAUCAUUAUGCUGAUUUUUGUAUUUUUUUUUUUUUUUUUAAACACAAGUGUCUGAGGUUAAUCACGUCAUGAUUAGCAUAGUAAAUGUGAAUACGGGCUGGUGCUUGUCUGUAAUAUAAUCCAGAACAAGACUGAUGGAAGUGUGUACCUGAAAAUGGACCUGAGUGCUGAUUUGCUGAAGUCAGGAAUAAAUAUACAGCCUAAAAGGUUAAAACGGAAAGAAAGCAGAUCCCGCAGAGUUUGAAUUGUUUUCCAGAGUAAGCCUUGAAUUUUAUCCAGGGAUGUAUUUUUGUUCCUGUGAUUCAUUAGGCUGUUUAUUAAAUUAUAAACUACCAAGUUAGGUUACGAUGCAUGCCAUUCAGACCGCCUUUUCCUCAGCAGCUUGCAGUUGAGCGCUGAGAUAAGCGUGUUGUUUUGCUCAGGCGUUAUGCGCAAUCACGAGCCGCUCCGGCUUUUGCGCAGAACCAGCUGUGCAUUCCUGCCCGACUUCCUCCAAAUCCCGCCUACCUGCGCUACGAUUGGUCAUUGCGAUGCUAGCUGCGCUACGAUUGGCUAGUAAUGAAUGAGUGUUCAUAGCUGUAGCUCAAAAUUGAAAUUAAACCAAUCCUAGCGCAGGAGGCGGGAUUUGUCAGAAUACGGAUGGGAAGAAAACAAAGCGGUCCAGUCCAGCUCUUAGUUUAGCCUCGGCCUCUGAAGUCAUCUUCUUUACUGCAGGGAGGAGCGUGCAGGAGCAUCUGUCUCUAGUGCGUUCAAAUUCAACCGUACACAGCACAUUGCUGACUUUAGCUAGGCUAUUUAUGGCUAAAAACCUUUUUGCUUAUAGCAAAAAUAACAAUGCACCUCAGAGGAGAUAAUCAAGGAAACAGUGAUAUCUAUCUGUCUAUUGAGUGCCUGUGAUUACAGCAUCCGGAACUGGCCGCAUCGGGUUUAUGCGCCAACAAGAUGGUCCAUUCAGCUAACGGUGAGAGGCUGUGAGUCUCCUUUGAGGCAGCUUUCUCUGGUCAUGUUGUUUGCCAGUGGUGAGAGCAGAACGUGAGGAGAGACAGACAGAGAGAGCGCACGAGGGUUGCUUUUGUCAUCAUGUCACACCACCAUUCGCGAGGUCACCAGGGUCGUGCUGCUAGUAUGGAGGAGAGGAGUGCCACGCCUGUCCAUAAGAGCUCCACCCCUACACACAAGAGCGCCUCCUCUUCCUCCUCCUCACAGAGAGACAGCAGACAGGAGGCAGACAGCUGGGAGAUCAUCGAGGGGUUGAAGAUUGGCCAGACGAACGUCCAGAGACCUGAUAAACAUGAGGGUUUUAUGCUGAAGAAGAGGAAAUGGCCAUUGAAGGGCUGGCACAAGAGAUUCUUUGUUCUGGAUAAUGGGAUCUUGAAGUACUCCAAAUCCCCUAUAGAUAUUCAGAAAGGAAAGCUGCAUGGUAGUAUAGAUGUCGGCCUGUCUGUCAUGUCCAUAAAGAAAAGAGCCCGACGCAUAGACCUGGAUACAGAGGAGCACAUUUACCAUCUCAAGGUGAAGUCUCCGGAUGUGUUUGAUGCCUGGGUGUGUAAGCUGCGUCACCAUCGUCUGUACAGACAGAAUGAGAUUGUGCGUUCUCCUCGUGAUGCCAGCUUACGCACCUUCCCUCCUCCUGCCAGCAUAGACUCACCUCAGACAACCCCCGCUUCUGCUCACGAACCGAAGCAGCAGGUAAAGCCCAGCUCUCUGCCCUGGCAGCCAUCUGUGCCCUGCACCACCAGCCUGCCACCGUCCUACAGCAAUGGUCAGAGCAAAGUGGCAGCGUGGCUACAGGAGUCAGAGGAGAUGGACAAGUGUGCCGAGGAGCUUGCCCACUGUCAGUCCAGUUUGAUGGAGCUGAGUCGGUUGCUGCAAAGUUUGGAGAUCUUACAGAGAACACAGUCAGCACCGAGCUUCACAGAUAUGCAGAGUAAUUGUGUAGAUUUAUCAAAGAAAGACAAGCGAGUCAGCAGAAGAUGGAGAACAAAAAGUGUCAGCAAAGAUACAAAAGUGCAACUGCAGGUACCUCUGAGCACAAGUAUGUCACCAAUGCGUCUUCAUGCCUCAAACCCGAAUCUAUGCGCAGAGCUAGUUGAUUACCAAACCCCAGUCACCCGCCUGACUGAUGGCAUUGAGUGUGCCAGUGAUUACAUCAAACUGCAGGAGGACUUCUGCAUCAUUGCUCAGAAAGUGCACUCACUGCUGAAGUCUGCCUUCAACACUGUUGCCAUUGAGAAGGAGAAGAUCAAGCAGGUGCUGUCAGAGCAGGAGCUGUCGAGCCAAUCAGCUCAGAUCAUGACCCUAAGACACUCUCUAUCACAGGCCCUGUCCCAGAACGCAGAGCUGAAGACUCGACUGAAUCGCAUCCACUCAGAGUCUGUGCUGUCAGAGCAGGUGGUCAGUGUUAACAUCAUCAGCAGUCCUGAAGAGGCAAGUGAACAGCUCCAUGUUGGGAUACCUCUCACUCAGCAGGCCUCCAAUGAGAGCAGACUCUCCAUGUCAGAAUCCGUCUCUGAGUUCUUUGACGCUCAGGAAGUGCUGCUUUCAGCCAGCUCAUCUGAGAACGAGGGCUCUGAUGAUGAGUCUUACGUCAGUGAUGUGAGUGAUAACAUUUCAGAGGACAAUGCCAGCGUUACAGAUAAUGUUUCCCGACAAAUUCCGAACGGAGAUGUGGCCGGGGGCGUGUUUCGAAAUGGAAGGCGUACAUGUCUGCCUGCUCCGUCUCCCGACAUCUCCAAUAUUAACCUGUGGAAUAUCCUGAGGAACAACAUCGGUAAAGACCUGUCCAAGGUGGCCAUGCCUGUGGAGCUGAAUGAGCCUCUUAACACUCUGCAGCAUAUGUGUGAGGAGCUGGAGUACACCGAGCUGUUGGACAAAGCAGCCGAGACUGAUGACCCCUACGAACGCAUGGCGCUGGUAGCUGCGUUUGCUGUCUCAGCAUACUCCUCCACAUACUACCGUGCAGGCAGCAAGCCCUUUAACCCUAUACUGGGAGAGACGUACGAAUGUAUUCGAGAAGACAAGGGCUUCUGCUUCUUCUCUGAACAGGUGAGCCACCACCCCCCAGUCUCUGCCUGCCACUGUGAGUCCAAAAACUUCACCUUCUGGCAAGAUGUCAGAUGGAAGAAUAAGUUCUGGGGGAAGUCUAUGGAAAUCCUCCCCAUUGGCACUGUCAACGUCAUGCUUCCCAGCUAUGGUGACCAUUAUGAGUGGAAUAAAGUGACCACAUGUGUGCACAACAUUCUGAGUGGUAGAAGGUGGAUCGAGCACUAUGGAGAGAUCACAAUCCGAAACACCAAGAGUAGUGCCUGCAUCUGCAAACUCACCUUCAUCAAGGGUAGCUACUGGAGUUCCAAUGUGAAUGAGGUACAGGGCUUUGUGAUGGAUCAAGAGGGGAAGGUGGUCCACAGGCUCUUUGGGAAAUGGCAUGAAGGUCUUUACUGUGGUGUACCACCCUCUGCUAAGUGUAUCUGGAGACCAGGCUCGAUGCCUACAGACUAUGAGCUCUACUACGGCUUUACCAGGUUUGCUAUUGAGCUGAAUGAGCUUUGUCCGGAGAUGAAGGAGCUGCUGCCACCUACAGAUGCUCGCUUUCGACCAGACCAGAGGUAUCUGGAGGAGGGGAAGGUAGAGUUAGCUGCAGCUGAGAAACAGAGGAUUGAGGAGCUUCAGCGGGCGAGGAGGAAGUGGCACGAAGAAAACAGCACCAAACACCAGCCACGCUUUUUUAAAAAAAUUGUAGACUCAAACCAGAGAGAGAGGUGGGUGUCCAAUAACACGUACUGGGAGCUGCGUAAGGAUCCUGGCUUCCUCAAGCUGGAAAACCCUCAACUGUGGUAGCAUCUAAAUGCUUGUACAAAACAUAUCACCAUUGCUACAGACUCCAGAAGCUUUACCUAUGCACAGUACGGCUUACAUUGAAGCGCAGCGGCACGGGACUUUACUGACGGCUGUCACACGUCUCCCGAGGGAUGGAUAAGGACACGCUGCCCCACCUCUCCGUAUCCACACUCUCUCUCACUGUAGUAACAUACAGAGACAGGGUCGUUGUCACAGCAACUGUCUGGGAGUUGUAGAUCUGUCCUGUUGAAGCCCGUCAGGCUUCCCGUUACGCCCUUGCCUUAACAAGCCGCUUCUUAAUAACCCAGUUUUAUGCUUUUAGUGAAAUCUGUUUGAUUUCUUCAAGUUUAGACCGGCAGUGUGAAUUUUAUCUCUUGGUUACAUAAACAGUAUCUACAGAAUAUCCUGCAUGUUUAGAUGGCAGCUUUCAUUGGCAUAUGCUAUACCGACUUGUUGACAUAUCAUUUGUAGUUUUGAAAUGUAAUGGUAUUUUUGUAAGCUGUCAGAGCUGAGAACCUCAUUGCCAGCGCAGGGACUGUACGUUUGUCCCAACAGCAGGGCACAUAUAGACCAGCCAGUUACUUUCAGCACCAUCUGCUAUCUUUCAACUCUUUAGUGACUAUGAAGUGGAAGUGACACUGGUUUAGUUUUCAAUCACAUUUUGUCAAGUUUCAUUAUAAAUGUAUUUGCUUAUACUUUUGAAAAUACCCUCAGACCAUUCUGAUCCUACUGAGAAUCCACAGCCUAAAUGGGAGGCCUAAAUAUGUUUAAAGACCCUAGAAACUUGGGGGCUCUGUGCAGAAACCCUGUCAGUGUCCCUGUUUCUAGCAUUUCUUACAGUAGAUUCAGCCAGAAGAUAUUUACCAGGUUGUAUACUUUACACACUAAUCACCUAAGAUUGCCCAUCAUUCCCCAGGCACACAUUUUUAGCAUAUUGUUUUAAGAAAAGCUCAUGUGGCUAUUUUAAGAUUUAAUUGUUUAGUUUUUACAGGAUUAAGGGUUUUAAAUGUUUAAUUUGGAGGAUUGUAAGAAUAUAAGUGGAAUAUAAGUGUGAAUUGUUCUUCCAUUUGCUGUGUGUGUGCCAGGUUCAGGACAUCCACAGUCUCUCAGUAAUAGCUGAUCUAUUACUACAUCAGUGACACCUAGUGGCCACCCAGUGCCACCCCUGAAAUUUGAAUUUUUCUUUCUUUCUUUCUUUCUUUCUUUCUUUCUUUUAAGAAUAAUAAGAAUAUAGAUUUAAGGUUUUGAAUUGAACUUUUGUCUCAAUCAGUGCAGUUAUAAAGUAGUAAAGAUGUUAAUGACUCUCUACUCUAACUCUAAGAUCCAUAAUAAACCUCAAACCCUUGUUUAGGAAGCCUGCUUAAGCAAAUGGCUUAUUGCUUACUUCAUGUUGUGGGCAGUGUUUAGAAUCAGUUUCUGCUUCCAACCAAAGACAAGUUUUUAUUUUUAAUGCAAAUUUCCCAGUGUUUAUUUUGAUGUGUGAAUGUUUCUGUUUUACCUAGAAGACCUGCACCCAUGAAACAAAUUUGCAGGUUAUGCUCCAUUGAUUUUAGCACUGCUUUGGAUAUUAUUUAUCAAUGUACAAUUUUCAACACACUGAUCACAGAACGAAAUUGUUGCAUUGGUCAUGUAUAGCUCAUUGGGUUUGACUGUGCCCAGUAUGAUGUUGACUGCAUUAGAUUUACAUGCUGUUCUUUCUGUUAAACAGAAGUCACAGGAGACAAUGUCAGGUGUUCAUUUUAACUAGUUAUAUAGAUUAUAGGCAGAAAAAAUCCUCGCUUUAGAAUAUUAUGUCACUAGAUUACCAAAAUUAUCAUGAUAGUUUAAACACAAUGUGUGUGUAAAAUGUAGAGUUGCAUAUCUCUAAACAGAAGCUCUCUCACUAACAGAAUCAUAUAUCAGUGUAUCAGUCCCACUUGCUGUGCCUUACUGCAUCUAUAUAAUACUAACACAGUACUGCACUACAGUUAUAAUGCGUGUUAAGUACUGAACACACACUGUAUACCGUAUACCAAUGCACCUUCUCCCUGAACUAACUCUGCAGUCUAUAACAGCAUUCAACAUUUUAUUUCUGCAUAAUCCGUAACUCUGCAUCCCUAAACCUGAGAAAAAACUAGCAUCGGUCUUUUAACUGGCUGCUGUGUCAAAACAAAGGCAAACCCGAUACAUUUUUAUGUGCAAUAUAUAUGCAAACCAUGCACCACUUAUGGUUUUACUGAAUCUGUCAGGCAACCUGAGGGACAUAUUCACUGUAGCAUACAGUGCAGUUAAAUGCUAUUGUUUUUUCCCUCUCUCGCAGUCACCAGCGUGAGGGACUGGAUAUUCAACCAGGAAUCUAAUCAUCUUUUAAUAACUAAAACAUUGAUUCUAGUAACAAAUAAUCCCAUGUACAAAUAUUUCAAUUUGAUAUUCUAGUCAAAUGUACAUGUACAUACAUGCAGUUAAAUAGAAGAAACAGCAACACAGCAGAAAAAGGAGACUAUAUCUCAUUCAGCCUUGAUUAUUGUUUUCUACCUGCAUGUGUACAUGACAUAGCCUGCCAAUGGACGUUGCUGAUGCCUUAUAAAGAUGUUUGGUUUCAGUAGCAGUUUGUUUGUUUUACAGAUUUAUUUAAUUGAUUUUCAUUAUAUCCAGUCCGGCAGCCUCCACACUACUGUAAGUGGUGUGUUCUGGCUGAAUAAAUCCAUUUUACAACGGGUCUCAUCUGACGAAGUGCAAUUGUAUAAAUGCAUAUUUCUCUUUCCAUGAUCACUGUACACCGCUGCUACCUAGUGCUUGUUCCAAUAUACAAACUGCUGGAAAUCAC